GUUAGGUGUUGGUGGUGUAUUUUUGGUUGAUCAAUGUUUGGGUUGAUGAUUUGGGUUUUUUGUUUUAGUAGAAUAGUUUACAAUUAGUAAUGAUCAAGCAAAAAAUACUUUGCGAUACAUAGUUGGAUAUAUUGUGACGUGCCAGAUAUUAGAUCACAACAGCCAAAAUGGAAACUGUUGAUAUACAAGCAAUGGAAUCAAAAUUGAGCGAUGUUACAGUUACUGCCAUUCCAGCUCUUUCCCAAAAAGUGAAUCACAGUCAAACAACAAUCGCCAAUAAACAAGAUCCUGGUCAAUCUAAAUAUGCUCAACUUUUAGGUGUAAUUGAAGAAAUGGGUAGAGAAGUUCGUCCAACUUAUGCGGGCAGUAGAAGUUCUGCUGAGCGGUUGAAACGUAAUAUUGUUUCUGCCAGGAUAUUAGUGCGUGAAUGUUUAAUUGAAACUGAGAGAAGUGCUAGGCAAUAAUAAAUUAUGAAGUCCUGAUAUAUUUUAUAUAUACCACUUUUGUCAACAUUUAGUAAUAACAGUAUACCACCAUCCAAAGAAAGAGUAAUCGUUAAUGUGAUAUUACAAAAUAACUUUCCACAUGAAGUUUACCACUUUUCAAAUGUGAUAGUACUUCCAAAUAUAGGAAUAUGUAUGAUUCAGGUAUCCAUAGUACAAACAAAUAUAGUAAGUAAUAAAUCAAUAAAAGUUAUAAUUGUAAACAAAUGUAAAUUCUGAUUUUUAUAUUGAACAUUCCAUUCACCAUAUUUUUAUACACAAUAAUUCGAUUUUAUAUGGCAAAUAAAUGAAUCUAUCUCUUAAUCAGCACAUUUAAAUUUUUACUUUGUUUUAAGUUUCAUGUCUCAAGAAAUAUAAUGUAUCUAUGUCAAUUUUAUACUAGUUAGAUUAUAACAAUUUUUCUUUGUAAUGAAAAUGCUAAUUUUAACUAAUGUCUUUGUUGAAAUACAUUUUUCUCUUGUAA